CGAGCGAAUCAAAAUGGCGCUUAUGUCAGUGACAUAUCUAUUGCAAUGCAAUGUUUUAUAAUCAGAUUUCUUUUUAUUAUAGCCCUUUUCAAGUAUAAUUAUAGAAUAAAACAGUGAUUAUGUCGACUAAUAAUUUGUCGUCAGUUCUAAAAUCAUGUUCGGAGAGUGAAUUAAUAAACGAAGUUGCGGAUAAUAACAUGACACCAAAACAGGUGGAAGGAUCCCGACUAAAGAGGACCUUUACGUUGCCUCGCAAUCCCUUUAGUACCAUUAAACCAGGUUCCAGCAAAAGUAAGAGCAACGAUAGCGACAAUAAGCAAGUCAGUGCCAGCUCCACAACCGCAGAAUCCACGAAGGACGACGGUGUAAUCGAGAGGAAGUUGUUUAGAAGGCCAUCAUGGAAACGAUUUCUGAACAAAAUAGCGCAACACAUGAGCACUGUUAAUGUGUCCGGGGUAAAAUCAGCUCCGGCAGUCUUCAAUGGUGAGAGAGUUCCGUGCAGCGGUGACCCUCCAUGGCCCCCAGGCUUUACUCCAGCUGCUACAGGCAUCAAAAAUCAUGGCAACACUUGUUAUAUGAAUGCAGUAUUGCAGUGCCUUUCACAUACUGAUGUUAUUGCAGAGUAUUUUGUGCUAGAUCAUUACAAGGUAGACUUACAAAAAAGGAAUAAAAUUAACUCAAAGAAAUAUGGCACAAGAGGAGAAGUAACGGAACAACUAGCAACUCUUCUUAAAGCUCUCUGGGCUUGUAGAUACACGCCUGACAUGAGUACUGCAUUUAAGGGUGCAGUGGAGAGGCAUGGCAUACAGUACAGAGGGAACAGCCAGCAUGAUGCACAAGAGUUUCUUUUUUGGUUGCUAGAUAAGGUUCAUGAAGAUUUAAACACUGCCACUAAAAAGAAAUAUAAAACCAUUAAGAACACAUGCGGUAAACCUGACGAGGUGGUUGCUGCGGAAACCUUAGCUAAUCACGCUAGAAGAAAUAGUUCAUUUGUUCAGGCAGUAUUUCAAGCUCAAUACCGGUCGGCAUUGACGUGCGCGAAGUGUGAGCGGACAUCUUGUACAUUCGACCCUUUCCAUUGCGUGAGCGUACAGCUACCGCCCAGGCCGGCCGCUGCACAGAUCUCUCCCUUACCUGUUAAUGUUGUAUAUGUGAACCAACAACCCCGCCAAGUCCGCAUCGGCGUGGAGCUGAAGGCCAACUCCACCAUGGAAGACCUGCGAACGACCCUACACACGGAUACUGGCAUCGAACGCGACAACAUCAUUCUGGCCGAAAUCAAUGAAACUGGCUGGUGCGUGGCUCGCGCCGGGUGGGAGCCGGCGGGGCUGGACUUCGGCGCGCUGUACUGCAUGGAGGCGCCGCCGCUGCUGCAGACGCCGACCACGCCCUAUCUCCUCAUCCUCUGGGUCAACUUACUCGACGGGGAGCGUUUUGGAUCGCCGUACGCGAUGCAGGUGCCCCGCGAGACGUCGUACGAGGACCUGCAGAAGCUGCUGCUGAAGGAGAUGAGCGCGGUGGUGGCGGAGCUGGUGCUGGAGGGCGCGCAGGGCGCCGACAUCUUCCGCGCGCGCAUCGCCGAGGCGCACCGCCCGCGCGACCCCGCCUACCUGCAGCCCGAGCUUCCCCACCCUUUGUUUGCCCUGGACGUGGAGCAGGCGCUAUGCGCGCACGACAAGCACCCGCACCUCCGACUCGAGCUGCUGUGGGACCCGGCGCACAGAGACAGUAUAAUCCGCGACCCGCUGGAGGCGUGCGAGGUGCACGUGUCGGCGCACGGGUCGGCGGCGCCGCUCACGCUGCACGCGUGCCUCGCGCACUACACGCGCGCCGAGCACCUGGCCCAGGAGGACGCUUGGCGGUGCCCCCAGUGCCAGAGGUAUAUGCCGGUCGUUAAAACGCUCGGCCUGUGGUCGCUGCCCGACAUCUUGGUCAUCCAUCUCAAACGGUUUCGGCAGCAAGCCAAGUGUCGAACAAGUACAAAGUUGACGACCAUGGUGGAGUUUCCCCUGAGCGAGCUGGACAUGACGCCGCACCUGGCCGUGCGUGGAGCUCACGGCGACGCCCCGGGGCACGUGCACGGGCACGGCGGCGGGCACGGGCACGGCGGCGGGCACGUGCACGGGCACGCGGCCGGGCACUCGCGCUCGCCGCGCCGGCGCGCCUCGCGGCCCGGCGCGCCGCCCGACAACACCUACGACCUGUACGCCGUGUGCUACCACCACGGCGACGACCUCGAGACCGGCCACUACACCGCCGCCUGCCGCAACCCCUACGACGGCCGCUGGUACAAGUUCGACGACUCGCGCGUCACGCCCGUCGACACAGACAACGCCUCCGGCGAGCUCGUCAACAACACCGCCUACAUGCUCUUCUACAAACGGAAGAGACCCACCGUCGCUUCCCCGUGCGCCGCGGACGACGGGGGCCACUGGGCGCUCCGAAUGCCGAAAUACGUUAAACGACCGAGCGAAACUCUGAACGAGAUCGUCGAGGUCAAGGACGAGGUCGCCGAGGACGCUAAGAUCGAGGCUCCCGGCGACGAGCCCGAGUCCGAGUCGGAGCUCACCCCGCCGACGCGCAGCCCUUCGGCGCGAAGCAUCGCGAGCCUGCCCGACGACAGCGCCGCGGAGCCCCGCCCCGCCGACCCGGCGCCCGUCGUACACAACACCACUAUUAUCCAAUCCCCGACUCUGCAGCGGCCGCUAAUAGUCGAGGUGAACGGCAACCGACCGACCGGCGGCCCGAGCGAGUGCGAGGACGAAUCUAGCGCAUCCCCCGAGCCGUACAUCCACAAAGACGUGCACAUAAAUCCGAAGAUGACGCCCGUCGACACGCGGCGGCCGCGCUCCGUGGACUACCCGCCGCGCGGCGCCGCGCGCGACGCCAACCGCAACUACGACAGCUCGCCGCUCGUGGCCAGCAUCAACGGCGUGGAGUACCACCCCACCACCGAGGACCUAGUGCUCACCAUGUUCCAGGACUCCAAGUACAUCGUUCCGCGCCACGCCAACAUCGCGGGGGAAUCUCAUAGAACAGGUGAAAAGUCUUCCGUUUGGAAAACUCGAAUAUCCACAUGAGAGCAACAGGUACCAUUGAAGGGUCAAAUGCGGUCCUACCCAUUAUUUAUUUCCUAUUUAACCAUAGAUCUGAUUGUUUUUGGUAGUUGACAGUUAAUUUAUUAUGUUUUAUAGAGUUUGCAGUGAGAAUAUGUAACGCGACUGUCAGAAUUUUGAUUAUUUACGAAUUACUCUGCAGCAAAGUUUGUA